CAUGUGUAGGGGGUCAGAGGACAACAUCAUCUCCACUGUGUGGCUCCUGGGGACUAAAUUCCAAUCAUCAAGGUUGAUAGCAAUCUUGCUGACCCCAUCUUGUUUGUUUGAAAUAAGGUCUCUUCUUGGCUUAAAACUUGCUGAGGGGUUGGGCUGGCUGGCUGUGUAACACUGGGUCGUCAGCCCAUUUAUUUGUUUGUCUGUUAGUAUUUUUGGUUUUGUUUUUUUAAAUGUUGAGUUUUUGAGGAUUGAAUUCAGGUCCUCUUGCUUGCAAGAUAAAGCAUUUUACAGACUGGGCUAUUGCUCCUCUACUCUGAUGACCUAAUCCCAGUCCUGUCCCAGAAGCCCCUCCCCUAAAUGACACAGACUAAGCUUUCACCUUUUGAAAGAAAGGUGGCCAGGAUUAGACUUCAACAUAAGCAUCCAGUGAACACGUGAUAGUCACAGCAUAGCGCAGACUUUGAACAUGGCAUCUAGAAUUAUCUAUCCUCGUUCUCACUGGUGCCAGUUUGUUUCGAGUUGACAGCCCAGAGCUUGGGCUUUGGGGGAUCAUGCCUAAAAUAAGCGACAGCCAGGCUCCCUAGGGCGAACAAAGGGCUCUCCUGGGACAGGCACGUGAGCAGAGUUCCCCUGCAGGGGCUGUGGAAUUCCAUCUGACGCAUUUGGGCUCUUUAAUUUAUUUUCUUUUUUCCUGUACACCAAAAUAUUCGUAUCACUUUCCAGCUAACAGCAGCUCUAGCUGUACUAUAUGAUAUUCUUGGUAUAUUAACGUCUAACACCAACGAGUCUAAUUGUUGUAUGUAAAUUUACACCGCCAUUCAUAUUUUCUCAGUCGGCUCCCUCCGUUGGCCUCAUAAUAGAAUCCAAAGUCUCCUUGUUGGCUAAAGGGUUAAAUGAUGUAGCUUUGGGAUCCCCUCCGCUGCUCUGGAGACUUAGCUUGCAUAGGUCUUCUUUAUUCCUUUAUUAGGAAAGACUUCAUGGGGAAGAGGCUAGCCUUUGACUGGGUCUUCUGUGUGCAUUCAUAAUAAAAGCUGGUACAUUCAUGGCUGCUCUGUGAGGUAGAAGAACCAGUGAAUGAAAGUUUGGGUACAGCUCACCUCCCAGAGAGUGGUCCUGCUUCACCCGGAACUGACCCGAUAGUCUCCAACACCCUUAUAAAACUAAUUUUCCCCAUCUCUCUAUACCGGCUUGUUUCUUCCUCCCAGAAUUUUUGUAAUCAAUCUGGGUGGUGUUAUUUUUUUUUUUUUCUUUCUCUUUUUUUUUCCCACACUGCUGUUGGAUAAAAGAUCCCGCCCUUGAUUGAAAUGGAAUCUUCCACUAUUGAGCGAGCCUUUGUUGAAUGAGUCAUCGGCUCAGCCUCUCAUUGGCUGAAGCCGCCUGAGCCCAGGGGAUUGCCUGGCACCGGCUGCAAGGACCCGCUCCAUUCACAGAAACGCUGGCUCGCUCGCCGGCCCUUUCAUUCACACAAACAGCAUCUCAUUCACAUUCGGUCUGUUUUUUUUUUUUUUCCUUUUUCUUUUUUUCUUUUUGUCUGCUUCUAAUGAAGAAGACCACGGUUUGGGAAUGGUGGGGCUGACUUGCUUCAGAUUGGAGGGGGACUCCAAUCACCAUCGAAAUCGUCCGUGGGGUGCGCAUCUGCUGUUGCUAUGCGAGCUAGAGGAAGGGAGAAAAGAGAGUGCGGGGUGGCUGUUCAGCUAGGGCUGCCGCGCGGUUGGAGAGCGGUGGGGACGUGUUUGCUGCGCCAGGGCGGGCCUGGCGGCUCUGCGCUUUUUCGUCCUCUGGAACCGGCCUCACUUGCACGGCCGCCACGGGUGGCUCUCCCUAAACUCCCUUCCUGGGGCUCCCAGAAAGCCUGGGAACCGCACUGCCUCCCGAGAUCAGCCCUGGGCGUGAGAAGACUCAGGGUGACCUGCUAGUGUGCUAGAAGGCAAAUGCAUUCGCUUGCACAGAAGUUACCAGGAAACUUUGACAGCGAUUGACUUCUCGGUGGUGCAGGUUAUCUGUCUUAACACAUGAGGCCACCUGGUAGAGGCCACCGAGGAAGGGCUCAGUGGGUCUCAGAAUCUUGGUCAGACCCUCGGGGAGGCUGUCGAUGUCCUAUUCUCCCAAGCGUCAGGAAGAAGGCCUGUGCGUGUCACUGCAAGCCUGGGCCCGACUCGCAAGGAAGAGGCCAUUCUUGCUGUGGAUUUGAUGGACAGUUAGAGCAGCCGCAUUUUUUUUCCUGCCUGACUGCAGGGCUGCAAGCAGCAACUGAAGGGACAUUGAAACGGAUUGGUAAUGCUACUAAGGCAUGCUUCCAGGGCUGAAACACAUUCACUUGGAAUAAAACUCAAAACGCGGCCCUCUUUCUCUCUCUCUCUCUUUUUUUGGCAUGGAUUUCUGGAGCCUGUUGCCGCUCAGCAGAGAUGCAGGUUUUUUUUUGAAGUAGAUUUUUCAACUGAACCCUAGCUGAGUACGGCUGCUGACUGCUGUAAAUUAUUAGGGAAGACCCCCUCUGAGCUGUACUGAGAAGAAAUUUCUGUGCUGAUUUUUUUUUUUUUUCGUGAAUUGGUACAGGAAUUGCACCGCCACAGAUACAUGGCUGCUCUGCUGAUCUGAACAAGAAAAGCAAACCACAGGAAACUGACAGGAUUCAUCAGGAUUCGCCUUGAAGACUUCUUUAAAAGCCUUCGUCACAUUUGAACGCAUCCCUGUCAGACACUUCUGGGCUUCAUCCACAUGAGCUGAGCAAGGGAAGAGCAAGCCAUUGCACGGAAUAAUGGGUUGCGGAAAGUUCAAGAGAUCAUUUGACGGGACUGGAUUUACCUUUGGCACAGAUGCGGGAUGGGGAGGGGGUAGGUGAAAAGGCAAAGACUGGAAGGAAAUAUCUGCGAAGGUAGAAAAAGGAAAUUUGAGAACUGAUUGGCUGUAGUUGCUGUCAGCGGGUGGAUGUCGUUUUCUUCUCUCUCUUUUUGCUACAGGAAGUGAUUUGCGGAGCUCACCGAGCCUUUGUUGAGAAGGGUCUCCUCAGAGUGAGUCACGCUUUUGCUGGGAGCAGCCCCGUGCAGCUGGCCGCUCGCUCCAUCAGCCGCAACUAUGACUUUUGCAAGGCAAGCGUUCCACCCCAACCCUCGGUCUCCAGGGCCCGCGCUGCGUGGCUGCUGCUCUGCUGCCUUGUAACGGUGAAAAGGGCUCGGUCGUCGGCCUCGGCUGUCCCUCUCCGGAAAGGCUGUCCUGGGACUCGGGCUCCUCGUCCCGCUCGGGGGACCGCGGCUCGUGUGCUAUGCGCGGCAGUCCGCGCCAGGGCCGGCAGCAGCAGCGCCCGGGUGGAUGCGGCGAGCCCACGGAGGGGCAUGCUUCCACGCACCAAGUACAACCGCUUCAGGAAUGACUCGGUGACAUCGGUCGAUGACCUUCUCCACAGCCUGUCGGUGAGCGGCAGCGGCGGCAAGGUCUCGGCGGAGCCCGCGGCGAGCCCCUACCUGGUGUCGGGCGAGGCGCUGCGCAAGGCGCCGGACGAUGGGCCCGGCAGCCUGGGCCACCUGCUCCACAAGGUGUCCCACUUGAAACUCUCCAGCUCCGGCCUGCGUGGCCUGUCGUCGGCCGCCCGGGAGCGGGCAGGAGCGCGGCUCUCGGGCAGCUGCAGCGCGCCCAGCCUGGCGGCCCCGGACGGCGGCAGCGCGACCCCCGGGUCCCGCGCCCCGGCCGCCAGCAUGAGUGCCACCAGGAAGAGCCGGGCCGGCGACGAGCCACUGCCCAGGCCCCCUCGGGGCGCGCCGCACACCAGCGAUCAGGUGCUGGGGCCGGGAGUCACCUAUGUGGUCAAGUACUUGGGCUGCAUCGAAGUUCUGCGCUCAAUGAGGUCUCUUGACUUCAGUACAAGAACUCAGGUUACCAGGGAAGCCAUCAGCCGUGUCUGCGAAGCUGUGCCAGGUGCCAAAGGAGCCCUCAAGAAGAGAAAGCCGCCGAGUAAGAUGCUGUCCAGCAUCCUGGGGAAGAGCAACCUCCAGUUCGCAGGGAUGAGCAUCUCCCUGACCAUCUCCACCGCCAGCCUGAAUCUGCGCACUCCUGACUCCAAACAGAUCAUAGCGAACCAUCAUAUGCGGUCUAUCUCUUUUGCCUCAGGGGGAGACCCGGACACAACGGACUAUGUUGCCUAUGUCGCUAAGGACCCUGUCAAUCGCAGAGCUUGCCACAUUCUGGAAUGCUGUGACGGGCUAGCCCAAGAUGUCAUUGGCUCCAUCGGACAAGCCUUUGAACUCCGGUUCAAACAGUAUUUGCAGUGCCCUUCCAAGGUUCCUGCCCUCCAGGACCGAAUGCAGAGUCUGGAUGAGCCAUGGACUGAAGAAGAGGGAGAUGGCCCUGAUCACCCAUACUACAACAGCGUUCCCACCAAGAUGCCUCCCCCAGGGGGGUUUCUGGAUGCUCGAUUGAAAGGCAGACCCCACGCUCCUGAGGCAGCCCAGUUUGCAGGAAAAGAGCAAACUUAUUACCAGGGAAGACACUUAGGAGAUACAUUUGGUGAAGACUGGCAGCGAGCACCCACCAGGCAAGGCUCCUUGGACAUCUAUAGCACAGCAGAAGGGAAAACUCACAUGGUUCCUGUAGGAGAAACACCAACCUAUGUCAACACCCAGCCAGUCCCACCACAGGUGUGGCCAGCAGCAACCAGCAGCACUGAGAGCAGCCCACGGAAGGACCUCUUUGACAUGAAGCCCUUUGAAGAUGCCCUGAGAAACCAGCCCCUGGGCCCCAUGUUGAGCAAAGCCGCGUCUGUGGAGUGCAUCAGCCCGGUCACACCCAGAGCCCCGGAUGCCAGGAUGCUGGAGGAGCUUAACGCUGAGCCCUGGUACCAAGGAGAGAUGAGCAGGAAGGAGGCAGAGGCCCUGCUACGGGAAGAUGGAGACUUCCUAGUGAGGAAGAGUACCACCAACCCCGGCUCCUUUGUCCUCACAGGCAUGCACAAUGGGCAGGCCAAGCACCUGCUGCUGGUGGACCCGGAAGGCACGAUCCGGACGAAGGACAGGGUCUUUGACAGCAUCAGCCACCUCAUCAAUUACCACCUCGAGAGCAGCCUGCCCAUUGUCUCUGCCGGGAGUGAGCUUUGUCUCCAGCAACCAGUGGAGAGGAAACCCUGAGCUUGCCCAGCGCCCCAGCCCCCAUACCUUAUGCCAGGUCAGGAAGACCUGGGCUCUGCGGCUCUCAGCCUAUGGAAAUGGGGCAACUGUCUGUGGGCCCAUCACCAUUAAAAGCCCCCCCAGGGAGGUUUCCUUCAAGUUCAAAUUUCAUAAAUAUGUUCACACGAUUCAGACAUGCUUAUUAGAAGUGUAUAUACCCACACAUCCUGUACAAAUGGCCCCGAUAUUUAUAUUUUUUAAGACUAAGAGAGAUGUGAGACACUAGUGCUCUAUGCUGUGUGUUUUUAGGGAGAGGCAGGUUCGACUGUAGUUGUUCUGUGAAAAAUAUUAACUAACCUGUUCUACUGGGAAAUUUUGCUAGGAAGUCAUUCUUAUGUACUAAGCACAAUUCAAGGCGAAUGCAGGUGAGCUGGCAGCUCCAGGACAAACAGAAUUGUGAGAGAAUACAGUAGCAUGCUGCCCAAACAUCUGCCCCUGCUGAUACAGCUUUGUGUGAGUGCUGGUUCCAGACUACAGCUUGGCUCAUGAGUGGUGGUGUUUCCUCCGGGAUGAUGGUACCUUCUCCAGGAUGGUGGUACCUCCUCCAGUCAUGGCUUGCUGGGUGCUGCCUCCUAUGCCCUGAAUUGACAUUGUGUGAGUGGGUUUUCUGCCAUAGGAUAAUCCACUGAAUCCCCACUCCAAAGUAGAUGGUAGUCUGGCUUGUUCAGGUCGUGUUUCAGCAUGGGGAACCUUUGACUUCAAUUGUGUGUGUGUGUGUGUGUGUGUGUGUGUGUGUGUGUGUGUGUGUGUGUGUGUGUAUUUGGGAGAUUCAUUUGAGGCCAAACAUGAUACUUUGAAUAAGACUUAAGAUGUCUGAUUGGCAAAUGCUUCCUUGUCAGCGUACUGAUGACGUGUAUGUCUGAGGAAGUAGGAUAUGCGUAUUCCUGGUCUGUAGGUCCUUCAAGCCAAUGUGACCAUCAUGGGCUUUUUAUGGAAGGUGCCAGUGAAGUGGCCUCCCACCUACCUCUCGUAUUCAGUAGAACAAAAAACCAUGUGUUAGAGCCUCGCAAGGCCUGUGCCAGCUUCUGCCCAGAAUUGAGCUUUGGAGAUACACACACACUGGCUGUUUUUCCCAGGUCCGUGUGUGCUCAGCUCCACGCUCCAGUCUUUGGGAGCAGCUGGAGUGAGGGGUGGUGAGCCUUCUUGUCUCCCCUCCAUAUUUUCUCAGUAGCCCCAUGAAAAGGAACCACGCUCGUGGCGCUCUGUCUUCUUUCUCUGCCAUUUCAGAAGCUGUUGUUUCAUGGUGGGUGAUAACCUGUGUUUCAAAGCUGGCUACGUCUAUGACUUCGGUGACUUAACAAACAUGAGCAGAUGGUGCACUUAGUGGUUGGUACUUCAGCAUAGGACUGUGACCUGGGUGUUGCUCCCUGUGAGACUCCAUGUGGUAGCACCCCUGACUAGUAUAGCAGGACUCUACGUUUUAGGGUUGUGUGAUGAAAAACUGGAUUUUUUUCUUUUUCUUUUUCUUUUUUUUUGGUUUUGGUUUUUCAAGACGGGGUUUCUCUGUAUCGCCCUGACUGUCCUGGUUGAACUCAGAAAUCUGCCUGCCUCUGCCUCCCAAGUGCUGGGAUUAAAGGCAUGUGCCACCACUGCCUGGCUAAAACUGGAUAUUUUUAAGAGGAAGGAAUUAAGUCUCUGUGUGUGUGUUUGUGUGUGUGUGUAUUGUGGGUAGAUGGGGUGGGGGUGGGGCGCUCAGUGGUUAAGAAUACUGGCUGCUUUUCCAGAGGACUCAAGUUCAAUUCUCUGAGCCUACAUGACAGCUCACAGCUGUCUGUAACUCAAGUCCCAGGAAUCUUGUGGCCUCCGUGGACACCAAGUAGGCACAUAAUGCACUUACACACUUGCAAGCAAAACACCCAUACAUAUAAACAUAAAUAAAUUAUAUUCUAAAGAGUAUAGUUAAGGGGAGACUAAACGUUGGGCCAAUCAGAGUUCGGCAUGGCUCUAAUUGUAAGUGUGAGCCCCGCUUUUGCUGCCCUGUAGUCAGUUGGGUGCUAACAGGAGAGGCUGGGAAGGGAAGAUCUUGGAGGCUCAGUAGGAGAUCUCUUGACAGUUUUAACCCUUUGAGUGCCCGCUGGAUCCAAGCUGGCAGCACAGCAGUCUUCUAGCAUCAACUUUCAGGAUCCUGCUGUUUCCUGAGUGGUGUCAGUUGGGACAAAUGCUACAUGGAUGAAAUCACAGAGAUGAGCAGAUAUGCUGGUAGCCCCUAGUUCAGGCUCUUGCCUUGUGGCCACAUACAUAAGCAUUGAGGUACCCCAAGAGUCACCCUGUCCUCUGUCCCCCAAGAGGCUGUGCUCUGUGCACACACAUACAGGUCCUGCUGCUCCUGUGUGUGACUGUAUUGUACAUAGAAAAACAUACAAAAUUAUCCAAUCUUGAAUUCCCCGCUCACGCACUGCUAGAAUGCUUCUGUUCAAGUCACUAGCAAAGUGUUACAGACCAUGAGCGCCUCAGCAUUCGCCUGAUUUCAUUUCCCUCUCCAGGGAAGUUUAAAAAAAAAAAAAAAAAAAAAGGAAUACUCAGAAAUGAAUUCUCUGAAGUCAGUGUUGAGUUUGAGGGUAAUAAGAUUUAUAGGAAUCAACAUUUCUCUUUUUAAUUUUAAUUCAAAACAUCUAAUUAUUGUUCCAGAUUAGAGGACAGAUGUUAUAGUUAGGGAAAUCUUUUAGACACAGGGCAGACUGCAGAGGUUGUUCUUGGCAGCCGUGUUCUGGCCUGCAUUCCUUUUAAAGCAUGUCAGAGUUCACAGGGGUUCGUCAUGUCUUGCUACAAACACCAUGUAUGUGAUGGGACAACUCCCUCAAACCUCACAUACACCCGGGGAAACUGAGGCUCACUUCAGGUCACAUCGUCAGCUAACAGAAGAGCUGUUCUAGUCACUCAGCAUUUUCUGCGCACAGGUGUGGCCUGCCUGUGUUUUGAGGCCAGGGUUUGGGGGCAGACCCCAAAGCUUCUCCUCCUGUGCCUACACACCUCUUCCAUGGGUUCCCAGACCAUAUCUGCCUGGGUAGGGCAGGGCUUCGGGCUAUGAAGGAGCAACUCCAUACUGUGCAGAACAGCACUCUGCUGUGCAUUCAGGGGCUUCAGCUCCCAGGGCACGGUGGCUGAGUCUACGCCAGGCAUGAGGGUCUGGCGUGUGCCUGGAUCCUGUGCUCCUCCUUAUAGGCACCCCACCACUCCGUCCAGAACUCUGCAUCUAUUUUAGUGGUGCGUGGUGGGGUUCAGCAGCCUUAAAAACAGCCCCUGUCUGCUCUUGCACAGUGGCUCUGAAUCCCCUGCCAAAUCCUUCCAUCCCUUGCUCUCCUGGGAGAGUUAGCUGUUCUUCAGAUCACCUCUGCACACUCUUGGGGCUGACUGACCUUCCAUGGGGUUGUUCAUCAUGGUCUAGGUUGGCUCUGAUUCUCAAAUCUCCCUCCACCAUAAGGUGGGCAGUCUGCUAACAACACAGGUCAAAUGACUCAAUCUUUGACCUAUACUUGUGUUAUGACCAUGGUGUCCCUUUUGUAUUUUAAAGACAAAGAGCGGGAUACCUGCUUAGCCUGGAUAAACAGCUUUCUGUGACAGGCCAACUCAGAUGGUGGAUAGAUGGGCCAAAUAGGACACAUGAAGCAACCGUGAGGUUCUCUUAGCAACAGAGGCAGUUGUACGUAAAGGCCGUGAGAAUCCAUGAAUGGAGGGUAAAGCUUAGGUUGGAAGGACAGGGAGAAUGAAUUCCCCAAAGCCCAUGGGAUUCAGGUCACAGUUGCCAUAUGUCCAGGCUCCACUGGUGUCCUGAAGAUGCCUCUCUUUCGAAGGGAAGAUCUCCCCCAUGGUGACAUUAGACACCUGGGAGGCCUCCUUAUAGGAGUGGCUAUAGAGUGGACACCUCCAUUCCACGUUAGAUCCAGUGCCACAUUCUCUUCUUGUUGAAGUGAGUUGAGUUGAAAUCCAACUCAGUCCCCAAGACAGUGAUGCAGCAGAGGCCACCCCCAUGAAGCUCAUCCUGGUACAACCUGAACAAUAGGUUCUCUGACACCAUGACUUGUGCUUCCUUCAAAGAGUGGUGUGGAUAGAGAAAUAAAUAUAUAAAGUGACUUCCUGGGACUCUUCACUGACAGAACGUAUCUCACUCCUCCUCCAUGGGCCCAAAGUGGUAGGCCAUCUAUAAACAGCUUUUGUGGAUGGUGACAGCCAGAUUUUAAAUAGGAGGAGGGUAGUAGAAAGGUUGCAAAUGAAACCAUGUGCUCAGAAACAUAUGUGUGAUGCUAGUUCUUAUGGAAAUUUUGAAGUGUGUGUGUGUGUUUUCAAGAAAGACAAUGUAGAUAAUAAACCCCACUCCUGGAACAUAUUACAAACCUAGAAAUUUUGCCCUUCUGGGAUAAUGGGCAGGUGCUUUCGAGAUGUUUCAGCUGAAGGGGCCCUUGUAUUUCAGCUGAAAAAAUUGGAUGGCAGUGGUCAAUGGCUAGAUCUAGGAAAGAAUGCAGGACUUACUAAGGCCUUUUGAGGCUCAGACAUGUAGCUCACAUGGAAGCAACAUACUCCACCUUUUGAAGUACAGGAAGGACUGAGCCAUUUGCCUGAGAGAGUCAGGACCUGUGGUUGGUGACUUAGCUGGUAUUCUACCAAGGGGAGCUGGGGGUGGGGGUGGGGAUGGAGGGGGGAUUUGGGUCCAUAUAGCUUACUUUGGAAAUGAUCCCAGAAGUCAAGAAGGAAGUAGCUGCUGUGGAAUGGUUGCAUUGUGGAACACGAGUCCACCCAGGAUACAUUGUGGGCAUCUAUUUGCUGUUAAGCCCCAGGAACAGAACUGAAGACACCUGGGUUAGCUAGUGGGUGGGGCAUGGAGGAGCUCCACCACAGUCAGCAUGGAUGGAAGGCUAUCUCCAGAGAUUUCUGCCCAGCCUUGUGCAUACCUGUGCACACUCUGUGAACUGGGACAUCCUGGGGCAGAGGCUGGUAUUUAUAAAAUAUCAGUCUCAGAGCAGAAGGCAGACAUCGAAGAACCAGGCUGCCUGAUCCACACAUGGAUUUCAGGGCUCUGGCCCUUGGGCUCCUGACUCAGCAGGCCUAGUGUGAGGGUAGAGCACUUGCCUUUUCAGUGUGAGGACAUGCUAAUGCUAAGGAUCUUGGCUUUGAUAUUGACUGGUGAGCCUCCACCCCUUCCUUGACGCUUACUGGUGGACUCCAUCUCCAUCUCCCUCCCACCCCCACCAAUUAUGAAGAAAAUUUCACACCACUUCACAUCAUAUUUCCCAGGCCCAUGCCGUGAAUUUGAAAAUGGGGAAUUAAUAAGUACUUAUAACUCCCUGCAACUGUGGCUGGCAGAUAAAAUGCCAUCUGCCAGACAGGAUUUAUUUAUAAUGGGGUUUAUACAUAUUUAUAAGUUUGCAAGCAACAAAUGCACAGUUUUAAAACUGGCACAUUUUAUAUCAGCUAGAAAAAAAUUGCAACUUUAUACUAAGGCUUUCUGAGUGUGAACUGCAUGUGUGUAGUAUACACGUACACGAGCUUUCUUUAGUUCAGAUGGAAUGCGCACCACAGCAUGUGUAUGUCCAGAUGCAGACCAGCUCUGUGUUGGGUCUCUCUCUACUGAGCCUCUGGGGUUUCCUGCAUUGGAUGACCUGUAUAUGAGAAAUGGCACCAAGAGCUUGGCGGUUGAUUUGCUCUCAUUUGCAGACCUGUGGAGCAGAGUUCUGGGUGUCGUGGACUCUGAGACCAUGGUACAAAAAGGGAAGUAGGGCUCUCACUGCAGGCCGAGAGAGAGGGAAAGCAAGCCAGGAGUGUGGUGCAUUUCUGUAAUCCCAGAACUUGGAUGGUAAAGGCUAGCUCAGGGUCAACCUGGGCUAAACGAGGCCAUGUCUCAAGAGAACUAAACAGAAGGGUAGCCAGCAGAAGACAAGGAAGAGGCAGGUGUUAGAGAAAAGGAAAAGGGACAUGCAGAUGAAACACCCACAGACCCACAUCCUUUCUUGACCCAGCCUGACUUACCACAACCGGACUUGGCUGGCCAGCCCUCCUGGCCACAUUUAUACCUUAGAUCCUAUGUAGCAGGUCCUGCAGGGACUUGUGGGACAGAGAAGGGAACAUAAGGUGAAUCUGUUCCUGUUUAUAAUCUAACUGGAGCCCCUCCUCCAACACACACAUGAAGUGUGAGAGUGUUGGAGUGGGAGUCGGGGAGGCUUUCAGGGCUGGUGUGCUCACAUUCAGUAUGGACCAAGGAUCAGGCUCAGGACUGAGCUGGAGGCGCUGAAGGCUUUUAAACAGCAGGUGGCGCAGUUGUACCCUUGAGGAAGAAAAGGGUGCAAAAGUUCAAGUUGGUGUCCCUCAUGGAAUCUGCUGAUGUCAGUAGGAUGCCGGAGGACAGGUUGAAAAGCUUUCCUUUCCUCUCGCUGCCCUCUCAGAUGCCCUGGGGGUAAGUGAGUCCCUGAGACCCCCAGACACACCUAUGGGUGAAAGAGAAACCACAGGAAAUGGACAGCUUUAUGUACCCACUGUACAUAGAGGACAGAACCUAUGGGGUGAAUCUGAAACCCGAGCUCCUGAGGACAUACAGGUUCACACUGGAGGAAAUUCCUUUACCACAACCAAAGUCACUCACAGCGGAGUCAAGCAACAGUUCACAAGGCAGAGACAGUAGACUAACUAGUCUGGGGACAACUAGUUUCUUUUCCUCUUCUUCUUCUUCUUUGUUUAACAACACUAUGUGUGAGUUGCCAAUUGAAUGUUCUCUGUUCAACUGACUUUUGGAUAUAACUUGUUUCUGAGUAUUGUGAAAUUUAUGUGAAUUUCUUUGUGUUCAGAAUGAGACAUUUGAUGUUCAAAAGCCCCAGGAUUAGGGGACAGCUCAGUGUAAAUGUAAUGUGUAACAAGGUAUUGAACAGUUUUCCAAAAGCAUUCGGGUGGCCAAUUAUACAUAUUGAUAUAUACAUAUUUGAAAUUUCUUUUUGUUUCUGUUAACCAUUGUGAAACACCAACAGUUACUGUAACAGUUACUGCCUGGGAGUGUGGCCAACCGCCCCUUGCCACUUUGAUACUGGCCUGGGAUUGGCUCCCUAAGUCACCUGUUGAGGAGCAGAAAUACAAAGUCAACUUUAAGUUUUCUAAUAUUUUUCUUUGAUAAAACUUAGGCGAUUUGACGACCAUUUGGCAUUCCCAAGAGAUAACAGGUGAAGGUGAUCAGGCAGCUUGGACUCCCUCACCUGCAGGGACUCUUUAGAGAAACGGUGUUGCUUUCGGUCUCAUGCCCUCCACCACGGUCCUGGCACACCACAGCCGAGCUUCUGGGAUAACCACGAGGAGGCAGCAUAGAACAUCCCAUCACCAUGGCCGAGGUAUGGCUGGUGGCAGGCUAACCCUAGACAAUGCUGCUCUUCUUGUUAUUAUUAGGUACUGGAACAUGUGCCUUUAUCAUUGGGACGGCCACCCAUGCACUUCCAAUCCCAGAGCUCAGAGCUGACCCUCUGCCCUCUGACUUAGACAACUAUGUGGGUGAUGAGGUUUUUGUUUUUUUGUUUGUUUGUUUGUUUUCAUUUUUUUCAUUUGUCACUAGUCUCCAAAGCAUGGAACUGGCGGCGAUGUCAUUAGACAUUUUCUAUAAAAUGCACCUUGUUAUCUUUCUGUGACCGGCUCUUUCCCAGCACACAGAAUAACCACGGCUCAAAGAUUGAGAGGAGUAACCAUUUUUAAAUAGUUAAUUGUUUCAGUGACUGUAAGUGUUAAGUCUGUUGUUGGCAAUAAAGGCUACUGUGAAAAGAA